CGGCGGCGGCCCCGGGAGCUGCCGAUCGGCGCCGGGACAAAGGCGCGGCCGCCCGGCGCCCCGAGCCGCCCGAGCCGGGGCGCACAGCCGGGGCGCAGCCCGCGCCCCCCGCCGCGACUGACAUGAUGUUUCCACAAAGCAGGCAUUCGGGCUCCUCUCACCUACCCCAGCAACUCAAAUUCACCACCUCGGACUCCUGCGACCGCAUCAAGGAUGAGUUUCAGCUGCUGCAGGCUCAGUAUCACAGCCUGAAGCUCGAAUGUGACAAGCUGGCCAGUGAAAAAUCAGAGAUGCAGCGUCAUUACGUGAUGUACUACGAGAUGUCCUACGGCUUGAACAUCGAGAUGCACAAGCAGGCUGAAAUCGUCAAGAGGCUGAAUGGGAUUUGUGCCCAGGUCCUACCCUACCUUUCCCAAGAGCACCAACAGCAGGUCUUGGGAGCCAUCGAGAGAGCUAAGCAGGUCACGGCUCCUGAGCUGAACUCCAUCAUCCGACAGCAGCUCCAAGCCCAUCAGCUGUCCCAGCUGCAGGCCCUGGCCCUGCCUCUGACCCCGCUGCCCGUGGGGCUGCAGCCGCCUUCGCUGCCGGCCGUCAGCGCGGGCACCGGCCUCCUCUCGCUGUCCGCGCUGGGCUCCCAGGCCCACCUCUCCAAGGAAGACAAGAACGGGCACGACGGUGACACCCACCAGGAGGAUGACGGCGAGAAGUCGGAUUAGUGGGCGGCCGGGAUGGGGAGGGUGGGGGGACAGAGGGGAGACAGACAACGGAAGAGAGAGGAACGUUUAGCGCAAGACACAGUAGAGCUCGGGAUUGGCUGAACUCGGUAGUAUUUAUGGUAGCCGCCUGCUGGGGCCCUAGCCCUGCCUGUGGGCCGCCCCUAGCUUCGCUCACACCCCCGGCCUCCUCCCUCCUCCUCCUCCUCCUCCUCCCCCCCACCCCUGCAGCCUGAGUGGGUGAAUACCUUGCUCAUGCUCAUUCCACACCGGAGGCAAGCUGAGGCCUGGAGGCACAAACGGGAAGCCAGGUCAGAGGAGAGCAAAGCCUCCAGAAGCCCCGCACCCCUGCACUUCCCCGUCCGCACAUGCGCGCACCUGACGUCCGCCCGCAGGGCCCCUCAGGGCGCGCCCCCCAGCCUCUCACCCCGGCACUGCAUGCAGACAACACGCUAGCUGCCCCUUCCUGCCCUGGGCACCCCCCCCCCUUCCCGUCCUCCCCUCCUCCCCUUUCCCUCACCUCCUCUGCCCGUUCCGGAGCCCACGCCCACCUGUCCUCGCCCCUCGCCCCGCAGGAGAGGGGGCGGGGAGAGUGAGCUUAGCCAGGAGCAGGGGGGGGGGGGGGGCGGGCGUCCCAGAAUUCCCUUUCUCCCCUUCCCGAAUAAAGAUGAGGGUAUUCAAGUUGUCUUGGUUUUUAUUUUAUUUUUUUCCUUUCUCCAGUAUACUAGCUUGUCUUUCAAGAAAAGGGAUAUUACGGGGG